AUCUCUGCCACGAUGCUGGAGACUUUGCUCAUCCUCAUUUUUCUAGUUUUGCUUCUCCUCGGCGGAACGGUUGCCCUGUUGCUCUACUUGUCCGGAGCCCUGGCACCGAUCUGUGUCUCCACUACCGACGAGGUGCCCUUCUUAGCUGAAGGAGCACGCUUCCUGUACAGGGUCUACCAGGGCUCCUACCAGUCUGUUGGUGGACUAUUCACGGAGACCUACGCUCUGGCGCCUGGGUGUAUUCAGUGCGGCAUCUUUUACGAUGACCCACAGCAAGGCGAGGCAACUCCUGUCUUGACACAUUUUAUCAACUUGUCCUUCGUGGAGUCUAAGAUUCCUGACGAUUGGCGUCUAGAUCUGGGUCGAGACGUUUCCGUCAUGUUUGAGGUCUACGAUGAACAGACAAUCCACUACAUUGGCCUGCUGGACUCAAACACGGAGCCCUACCUAAUCGAGGAAUUCCGUAAAAAGGGCAAGCCGGUGUCGACAGAAGAAGAGGCUCCGCGCAAAGACGAAUCGAAGCAGGAUGCUGAUGAUUUGGAGGAGGAGGAGGAGAAGUCAGAUCCGAUUGAUGAGGAGGCUUUUGAAAAGGUCGGACACGCUGACUUGGGUGAUUUUGAGGAGGCUGAAGUUGAAAUCAUACAACCGAAGGAUCAGCUUUCAGCCUGA